UCCGAUACAGCUCGGAAGUUAGCAGCCAUCACUCCUGCACCGUCAUCCAUAAGACUCCGCGUUGUAUCCUAUCUCCCAGUUAUUCAAAAAUUCUGCCACGAUCCCCUUCAGCAAGACGCUUGGCCUUCAUGUUUCUCAAUCAUUACAUUGGAGCAUUGAAUACGUUCAACCAUGUCGGCACCGCAACCAUCCACCCAGCAACUCCCCACUGUCCCUUCCGAAAUCACCCCCGAAUGGCUCAGUUCCAAGCUCGGACACAAAAUCAAGUCCAUCGAGCACACCCGCUCCAUCUGGGGAACAGGCAGCAAGCUCUUCUACACCAUCACCUACGAAGACGACAACCACUCCUCAAGCACAAGACCCACGCACAUCUGCAUCAAAGGCGUCUUCGACCCUACCAUGCUCGCCUCCCAACCAUGGACACUCCCCCUCGCCCAGCGCGAAGCCGACUUCUUCUCCCUCCUCGCCCCAGAUCUCCUCGCAAACACCACACCCAUCAACUUCCCCAAGACCUAUUGGGCAUCCACCUCCCCCCAUCAAGGUAUCUCCAUCAUGGAUGACCUAUACACCUCAGGGUGCACGUUCCCUCCCGAACUUGCAUCCUACCCGCUUAGUACCGUCCUAGAGGGCAUCAACCAACUCGCCGCCCUGCACGCACGCUAUUGGGGUCAAAGCGAAGCAACCCACCCUUGGAUAAGCAAUACCUACGACACCGCAAUGAAAUUCCUCUGCUCACCUUCCACCUUCAACAAAACGGUCCGGGAUCCCGACCGGCCUAAACUCCCUGCUUAUCUUCAAGACGGGGAGCGUUUCAACUUGGCUUUAGACCGAUACUUCUCCACUCGCAAUCCUAAAUUCCAAACUCUACUCCACGGCGACACACACAUGGGCAACAUCUUCUUUUCCCCCUCUCCCUCUCCCUCUAUGUCUCCCUGUCACGAAGGAAAGAUAGGUUUUCUAGACUGGUCUGCCAUCCACUUCGGUUCAUGUUUUCACGACGUAGUCUACUUCGUCACGGCAAUGUUAACUGUGCAAGACAGACGGAAACAUGAGAUGGAGAUACUAGAUCGGUAUCUUGAGACGCUCCAUCGAUUCGGAGGACCGAGGUUUGAUAGACGAGACAAAGAGGUCAUGAAUGAGUAUAGGAGGUCGUUCAUGACGGGUGCGAUUUGGUUGGUUUGUCCUUAUGCGUUGCAGAGUCGGGAGAGGGUGGGGGAGUUGUGUGAAAGGGCGGUGGCUGCGUUUGGGGAUCAUGGGGUUUUGGAGUUGGUUCUUGGGGGGAAUGGGGAGAAGGGUAGGGAGGGUUCUUGUGUGGUGCUGUGAGGGAGUGGGUAGGAGGGGGG